GACGAUGAGGCACUUCCUGGUCCAGUGACGUUUAUCAGAAAAUAUAGUGCAAGGUUUUUCAUGUCUUCAAUUGUCGUAUCAUAACGUCGUUGAAAUUUUAACAACACUGUAUUUAAGGUUAGAAAUCAAGCUUGUUCGUCGUCAAAGCAAUCUGACGUUGGGUGGCUAGUGACCUAUCGUAAGCGUUUGUUGUGUGUCAGUCAUGUCCGCCUCUGCUGGAUGCUCCCCGGUGGGCCAUAACGCGGCCCUCGGCCCAAGUAUGUCAAUAUUUCGCUGGCUAGAAGUGCUAGAGAAGGAGUUUGACAAAGCCUUCGUGGACGUGGAUCUGCUGCUCGGUGAAAUCGACCCUGACCAAGUGGACAUCACAUACGAGGGCCGGCAGAAGAUGACCAGCCUGAGCUCCUGUUUUGCGCAGCUCUGCCACAAAGCUCAGACUGUUUUCCAACUUAACCACAAACUAGAGGCCCAGCUGGUAGAUCUUCGCUCUGAGCUAACUGAAGCCAAAGCAGAGCGGGCAGUGGUGGAGAGAGAAGUCCACGAACAGUUGCUGCAGCUUCACGCUCUCCAGCUGCAGCUUUAUACAAAGCAAGGCCAAGCUCCAGACUCAGACUCCAUCAAAGACAGACUUGUAAGUACGCCUGCCCCAACAAUGGAACAGAUGCAACAGGAGCUAGAGUCCAGCAAGAAGGAGAAAUUGAUGGAGGCGAGACUUGAGGCUGACGUGAGACUCUUCAAGAAAGAAAAUGAGGCUCUUCGUCGACACAUGGCUGUACUACAGGCUGAGGUGUACGGUGCUCGACUGGCUGCCAAAUACUUGGACAAGGAACUUGCUGGGAGGGUGCAGCAAAUCCAGUUACUGGGGCGUGACAUGAAAGGGCCAGCACACGACAAGCUGUGGAACCAACUGGAGGCAGAGAUCCACCUUCACCGCCACAAGACUGUCAUCCGAGCAUGCAAGGGCCGCAAUGAUCCCAAGAAACCACUUUCCUCCCCUGUUGGACAUGAUCCAGAUUUAUUGAAGAAAACUCAAGGAGUUGGCCCCAUCAGGAAGGUGUCACUAGUCAAAGAGGACCAUGAGGGUCUCGGCAUCUCCAUCACGGGAGGGAAGGAGCAUGGUGUUCCCAUUCUCAUCUCAGAGAUCCAUCCAAACCAGCCUGCGGACAGAUGUGGAGGCUUGCAUGUCGGAGACGCCAUUUUGGCAGUCAACAGCAUCAAUCUGCGGGAUGCCAAACACAAGGAAGCUGUCACCAUACUCUCGCAACAGUCAGGACAAAUUGAGUUUGAAGUCGUGUACGUGGCUCCGGAGGUGGACAGCGAUGAUGAGAAUGUGGAGUAUGAAGACGACAACGGGCAUCGCUACAGACUCUACCUGGAUGAGCUGGAACAGAACCAUACAGGGCCACCCACUGGCAACUCUGCAGCAGCAUCUUUACAGGGUCUGGAGAAUAUGUCGUUGAACCAAGUGACAGAAAAUGGAGACACUGGAAUGUCCAUUGACACCCUAUCAGACAAAACUCCCUCCAAGCCUCCUGAUGCUCACAGCUCCUCAUAAGACGACUCAGCCACCCCAAUCAAAAUGGAAUUGUGCAAGACCUAUUUGGAGUACUGAAGCAAGUCCGUCGAGCAGUGCUAGUUUGUUUUCCCUAUUCUUUUCUGUAAAUGUUUAAAUUUUGGGAUAUAGGGGUUUAGAUUGGACUCAUGGGAAUGAUUUGGGAGUAAUAACAGGAGAAGGGUGUUAUGUUACACUCUUGAGUUUUGUACCCAAUUUUCUGGUAUUUCUUGGCUACCACUGUUUUGAGCUGCCAUGUACUCAAAGCAAUGGAGAGUAAAGGUGAUGCAACCAUCCAAAAGGAACUUAGUGGACGUAAAUCACAGUACAGUAUUGGUUCGAUGUUGCAAAAGCACUGACGUUUGUGGAAAGGUCAUUUUAAGGGUAUCCACAGCAUUUUCUAUCCUCAGAGUCCAUUCAUAAAGGAACCGCCGAGUCCUCCUCCAAAAGGUAUGUAACACCUUAGAAUGUCUCACAUUGCCAACCCUGACAGCGACACUGUGCCUGUUUAAAUCUUAUUUAUAUGACGCUGGCUGUAGGAUCCAUUUUGAACAUGGUUUAAAUUCUUUCUGGUCUUUACUAUGACACUACUACACUUUAUUCUGACCGCGUUAUGAGCCUUGAUGAUCUAAUGUGGUUUAUUCGAUAAUAUGUAAUAUAUACACACAGGCAGUGGGAUCAUCUAAAAACAUGGGCCACUGUUCAUAUGGAUUGACAGCAGGGGUGCACAGUGGGUGGGAUUCAGGAUCUACCAGCCGAUCUCCGAGGCAGUUAUGGUUGAUUACAAAUGGGUGCCCCAUCCCUCUCGUGGCGUGAUUCAGGUGUGGCCAAUAUGUCGAUCCAGCGGAUAGAUUGAUUGACAUUUGCUUUGACCAAUCCUGUUCUCUCCUGACACUUCACUGCGCAUGUGCAGAUAAACGCGUUCUGGUAAGAUGGCUUCCUAUUCACCGUCUUUCUCUUGCUUUCUCUGCGCGUGUCGCUGCGAUACGCCUCUCCCACUUCACAUCAAUGCGGCGGUUAUACGCCCCCUCCCAUCCAGAUUGUGAGAGGUUUGCAGCUAUAGUAGGUUUUGGGGCAAAAAAAGCCUGGGCACCCCUGAUCUACAGUUUCUACAAAAAAUGUUAUCAUUUUCUUUUAAUGUCAUUCUAUUGUGAGAGAUUUGGACUCACAAAUGAACUGUGACCAACACUGAGAGCCCAGAAAGUCUAUGUACUUUUCCCAAUUGAAGUGGAAAUCCUGGUAAACCAAAACUUAAUCAUUUACUGUAUUCAUUCAUGUGACUUGUUCUAGUGGUUUUUGUAUGGUGUAGGCCCAGCCCCCAGGUCCUCUCUGAACCCCUUGUGCAUCUUUAUUGUUUGAUGUAUUCUGAGCAGUUUAUUCAGCCUUUAAAUAAAGUUGGCCUUUAUCUUAAUCGACAAUUUGCUUACAUUUUUGAAAUAUAAAAAAAAAGGUGGGCACGUAUGAAUGGAAAACCAACAAUGCAACAUAAGCGUCUGGUAAAUGAGAUGGCCUUUGGAAAAAUAGCUUUAUUUUUCAUUAAGAGGAAUAAAAUGAAACUUUGAGACCAAUAUUUAAAAGGGGCAUAUAAUGGAAAAGUUUUUUUUUAAUUGUUGUGAAUACAAACAGUUGAAUUGCCUAACGUAAAUUAAGUGUGAAACAACCAAACCUUUUAUUUGCACAAGCACAAAUCAUUUGUGAUAGACAGGUGGAUUGUAUUGGUCUGUUGUGGUGGAGGACCUAAACCAGAGGUAUCAAACCAUUUUUGUCACAGGCCACAUUGUAGUUAUGGUUUCCCUCAGAGACCCGUUAUGAAUCUGAAACCAGAAAAAUAUUAAAACACAUCAUAUUUACAUGGGAAAUUUAUGAACUAGUGUAGGAAUAAUUGUGAUCAGAAUUAUCAUACAUCUGCUUCCAAUAAAGAAAUGCUUUGCUCUGCUCUAGAUAACGUGGCAGCCUCCUAGCAGGAGUUAGCAAGAACAAAAACAUCUAAUCAUCAGAACUAUUAGAACUGCUGCCUGUUAAACAAAUGAUGACCACACAUGUAUUCAGCCAUCUUCAGCACAUGCACACGCACAUGAACAAACAUGUACACCUUGUUUCCAACUGUUUUGCUUGCUGUCUCCUUUUUGUAACAUCCAUGUAAAUAAGGGGUGUCUUAAAACUAAAUAGAGGUACUGAGGAGAGGAUAAUCAGAGUGCAGUGGUGAAUUGUACGAGACAGUUCCUCUCCUCGCGAGACUUGAACUGGUGUCUUUGCUUCCUUUUUUGUCCUGUUUAAUGAAGGCCUGAUUGGUGAACCUGACAUUUACUUCGUCCUUCGAGCCAGAUCUCAAGAUACCUGAGGUUUCCAGGGGCUGAGUCGACGUCCAGGCAAAGACCAUGGCCACGCCACUUGAGACCCUUUCCGGGACUGGGCCUCGACUUUGCGUCUGGAGGCUGAGGGUUGAGGAGAAGCCGAAGGAAGUAAAGGCUUCUCUGGUGAAUAGGAAACUCCUACACUCACAAGGAAUGAGUUUAAACAGAACGUAAUUGUCACCCUGUUCAAGGGGAAGUCAGUAUAGUCGCCCGAGGUGAACCACUGACUCUAACAGGGGAAAACAAAUAGCAAAAUAGUUGAUAAAUAGCAAAUAGUUGAAACAGAACAUCUGGGGAAAAAAAAUUGUGUAAGGACUAGAAGUUUGUAGAAAGCCAAUGUCCUACUAAAAUAAAACAUUAAAUUUGUGGAUAACACAAUAUGACUUUGCUGGCCAGCUCAACAUACACACAAAAAAUAUAUAUAGUUAACCUGCAGGAUAAAAUAAGAAAACACACACAAAAAAACACAAAAAAAAACUAGACUCAAGAUGAUGUGAAAACGGCUGUAAAAGGUAUCACAUCUCAUAAAGUUGAUGUAACAUAAUUCAUCCAGGGAACGGAAGACUUGAGAAAAUCUUACGACUUAAAUGGUGUGGAAGUACAACAAAUUUAGAUGACAGCAAAGUACUUUCUCACAGCAUCGGGGAGUUCAAGGGUUAAUAUUGCGCACAUCUGCUAGAUUUAGACAAAAAGCAAAUUUUUUUUGCCAUUGGAAUAGCAAAAUAAAACAACAAUGAACCAUUAGAAGAAUAUAGCAUUGGAAUGACUGCAUGUUUUAAAGCAAACAGUGGCAUUCCUGAAGAUCACACUCCAGGUAGUGUGCAUCAACGGCAAUUAAAAAAUGCUCUUCAUGUGAAUUCAAAUAAUCCUAGAAAACAAUGGAUUGAAAAACAUUGGGUUGACAAACUGACUGGCAAGCUGUAACAAUACGUUAACCAAGCACUACACACAGAAAGAGUGCUACAAAAUAAAAAGAUAGUUGACACCUUUCUGACAGAGGACGGAGAAAUUUAUGGAGCUUUAUGCGAAAUAUUUAUUAAUUGUGGCGGCAGAUGAAGACCGCAGCCAUCUCCCCAUCAAAAAUGUCACAACUAACGCUCCCAAAAUGCAACUUUUUAAUUUGCCCCAUACGUUUGUUGGGAAGAGAUGGCUUGCUGAAACGAGGACUGGGCUUAAUUCCCUCUCUGACAGGAAAUAUAGAAGUUCUGACAGGAAAUAUAGAAGUAAAAAGAAAAAAAGGAAUUUCUGGGAGGACAGUUAAAUAUCUUACAAAAUAGGAAUCCAGCACUCUAUUAUUAUACCUUAGAUAUUCCAAACAAACCUCCUACAAGAACAGGAGAUUUCUUGGUGCAAACAGCUCGAGACAUGAUUGAAAAACCACAAAAUGACAUAGGAAGUGACUCAUUGCAUGUGACUAUGUAGUAUAAGAUACUGUAAACUUUUAAAAGCCCACACCAGACAAAAUCAUGAUUGAUUAUCUGUACUCAGAUGGUAUAUCAGUUGUGGUGGUAGGAACCAGAGUGACUGACAAACUAAAUGCAUUACACAAGGAAUGAACACCACCACACACAUUACAAACUUAACAGGAGUGGAAGGAGUUUGUGACAAUUUGUAUUGGUAGUACGAAAUGAUCCUGAUUGGAAAGAAAAAGAACCAGAUCAAUAUCUUAUUGGACAGUCUUAAACAAUCUGAGUCCAGAUGCUGUUGUAUUCACGGUGGUAUCACAAUCUACACAGACAAUACUGGAAAAAUAGAGGAAUGGUGACAACGACAUGGACAACAGUGGUACAUGCAGAGCUAAGACAAAACUUGCUCAUAGCAGUUCAAUUACCAAAAGAAAUAGCCAUAUAAAUGUACAAUACACACAUCAAAUACAGACAAAUUAUCAUUAAGAAAUGGAUUUAUAGAUAAAACAGCAAAAGAAGUAGCAGCCAAAACCUUUAUGGGAUUAGCUGACCAUGCAACAAAUGAAGACAUACUUUCAGAUGAUGUGUGGAACAAAAUGCAACAACAAAGCUUACCAGCAGAAUUAAAAAUGUGGAAAAAAUAAGGGGCUACAUUACAAAAUCGGAAUUAUGUCAGCACAGAUACCAAAAAAAAAUACCAAAAACAUUUUUUAAGUGGGCUGCAAUCUUGAGCCAUGGGAAGUCUCAGGUCUCAACGGGGGGAAUGGUAGCCCUUGUAUAAGGGCAUUACAUGAUCCAUGGAUUUAACUUGUAUGCAAAAAAAUUUUUGUCGGGCUUGUUUGAUCUGUGUGCGACAUAAUCCACAAAGGAAUGUGCAUCCAAAACGUGGUCAGUUUCCUCAAACUACACAUCCAUCCAUCCCUCCAUCCAUUUUCUUAGCCGCUUAUCCUCACAAGGGUCGUGGGGAGGGCUGGAGGCAAGGUACACCCUGACCUGGUUGCCAGCCAAUCGCAGUGCACUUGGAAACAAACAGCCGCACUCACAAUCACACGUAGGGGCGAUUUGGACACAAUGAUAGAUUUAGUCUAACAAUACAUAUAUUACAAGCACGUAAGGGUCUCAUUCCAUUCAAAACACUGUUUGGGAGACCAUACAAAUUACCAAUAUUUUCCACACAAUGAGAGAUAGAUGAAUGAUGAAGGGGAAAAAAAAACCUCACAAGUGGGUCCCUUUCAGGAGUUAACAACCCCAAACAGCUUAAAAAAUAGCAAAAAGGGGUACUUGAGUUCAUUUAUUGAUUGUGAGAAAGUUAUUGCUUUUGAAACCAUUGUUAACACAAACGAAACAAUUUUUUUUUAUUGGCCACUUGUAAGAUAGCUGUUCUCAUUCUCACUGCCAAGGUCGCUGUAGUCCGGUUACACAUGGGAGUGAGACUGCUGUCAUAAUGGUGACUAAACAGUUAAAUUUUGCUGUUGGGUGUUGGAUGAAAACGCUACCCGUUAUUUUCAUUUUUCUGUUCGAGUGGUACCUGUGGGAGCCACUCAAGGUCCCACCCCAAAAAUAAUAAAUAAAUAAAUUAAAUUAAAUAAAAACAAAACAAAACAAAUUGGAUAACUACAUACAAAAAACAUGUCCAAAAGAUUGUGUUGUUUGCACGGAUCCAGAGAUAAUACCAAUGUUAUUAAUUGCUAACGAAUGCAAAAAAAAAAAAAAGCUGGGAUUCUGUGUAUCCAUUAACUUCUUUUGAAAAACAAAAAACAUUGUUUUCUAAUGGCUUGUCACUAGGAAAUUUCACAUGCAUCAAUUUGAUAGGACUGGAAACAAAUUGGGAAAUUUAUCAGCAUUGAUGUGUAAAACCAUUUUUGUGCCAUUGUCAUGGUGGUGCGACAGUAACUGUCUUUUUUUUUUUUACGCCGGAUGCCUUUCCUGACGCAACCCUUCUGCAUUUAUUCGGAGAGAGAGCUGGAGCCAAUCCCAGCUAACUUCGGGCAGCGGCAGAUUACACCCCAAGCUGGUCGCCAGCCAGUCGCGGUGCAGAUGUCGACACCGUCACUGAGCGGGAAUCGAUCCCACGCUGCCUUCACUCAGAAUGUCCCUCUGAGGGAAACUCGAACUACAACGUGGCUCGCAAGAGAAAUGAGUUUGACACCCCUGCACUACACCAUCAGAAAAAAAAAUGUAACAAGUUACUGUGCUUUAAUAACUAUUACUGCCAUUUAUCUAUUCAUCCUAUGUCUGUUCAUGAAUUAACAUCUACUGUACAUGCAGUUUUACCCGAACACUGGCAUAGAGUGAGCAAGAGCUGAAUGACGUGGGCAAAAUAGCAGAAAGAAACACGUGGAUACACCUUAUACACUGUAAAAGGUCAUCUCAGCUGAGUCACCCAAAGGGAAAGGUGAGCAAAGUGCAGCAUACGGUGGGUGCAGAUUUAUAGUAUCUUAAAAUACCUGAAGGCUGGUGAAGAUUUAAAAGACACUUGACUCAUUUAGCGGUGACUUGGUCGACAUGACAUCAAAAUGGCUAAAUAAUAUGAUACCAUUUUGGGCUGCAACAUUGACAACCGUAAUGAUAUUUUUGUUCUAACACUGAUAAAUGCAGCAGGAACGUGUGCACUGGUAUCACUGCGCUUAUCUGUGACUGUGUUUCCAUCCGAACCAGAGGAUAUACAUUUGGCCGCAUCCAUCUUUGGACCUCCCCUUGGGUUCUCCCGAAGGCGAAGGUCCUCUUGGAAAGAUGGAGAGCCGACAUACAUUGAUGCCAAUGGCAUCCCAACGGUAUACCAGAUGAGUAUAAGUUGGUUAACGAGAUUGCUGUAGGAUGGGAAUCCAUCUUGUUAUGGAUAAAUCUGAAUAAAAACGUUGACAGAAUCAACUACAUACAUUGCAAUGUACAGAAACUAGGUAAUUAUACGGAAGCAAGUUUUAUUUCCAUAAGGGAACAACCAGCUACAACCUCACUCAUGACGUUCCGAAACCGCAUAGCGGUCGACAUGCUCCUGGCCGAGAAGGCUGGCGACUGCUCAAUGUUCGGUGACCAGUGUUGUUUAUUCCAAAUAUCACAGCACUUGAUGGGUCACUUACAAGGGCCAUUCAAGGCUUCCGCACCCUGAACCACAAGAUGAAGGAGCACUCUGGUGUAAACACAUCAGCCUGGUCUGAGUGGUGGGGCAAAAAAAAAAGUUUGGCAAAUGUAAAAAUUUGGUGUUCUCUGUCAUAGUUUCUAUAGCUAUUCUUGCAUUGCGUGAAUGUUGUUGUAUUCCCUGCAUUAAGACAUCACUUAACCAACUUAUAACCACUGCUCCUGCCUCGACAAAUUCAAAAUUGGCAGAAAUAUAUCCACUAUUGGCACAACAGGGUAAUGACAGUGAUAUUGUUAACCAAGAUGACGACGUUAUGACUUCUCUUCCAGACCUGUUCUCUGAUCCAGAAGAUUACAAGUAAUUAUUACUAUAUUUUCCUCCGAGUGUAACUGUUUGUUUUCGUAAAUAUGACUCUAGAAUAAAGCCGAAAGGACGAUCCAUUAGAUGAUUAGAGCACAUGUAGGAUAAACAGGAGGAUAAUGUAGAAAUAAUUGUAAAUAUAAUUAAGUUACUGUUCCUGCCUGCAAUUAAGAAUGUUUUGCUCUGCUCUAGAAAACGGUAGCAAAUGUAGGAUAAACAGAGGGGAAAUGUAGGAAUAAUUGUGAUCAGAAUUAUCAUACAUCUGCUUCCAAUAAAGAAAUGCUUUGCUCUGCUUUAGAUAACGUGGCAGCCUUCUUGCAGGAGAUAGCAAGAACAAAAACAUCUAAUCAUCAGAACUGUUAGAACUGCUGCAUGUUAAAGAAAUGAUGACCACACAUGUAUUCAGCAAUCUUCCACACAUGCACACGCACAUGAACAAACAUGUACACUUUGUUUCCAACUGUUUUGCUUGCCGUCUCCUUUUUGUAACAUCCAUGUAAAUAAGGGGCGUCUCAAAACUAAAUAAAUAGAGGUGCAGAGGAGAGGAUAAUCAGAGAGUGCAGUGGUGAAUUGUACGAGACAGUUCCUCUCCUCUCUCCUCGCGAGACUUGAA